AAUCCAUUCCGGCUCAAUGCUAGGUACGUGUGUCUAGCUUGGGAGAAGAGAGUUCCGCCCCGCUCACGCGCGCGACAAGAGACCGGAGAACGCGUAGAGCAUGCGCAGAGAGAUUUGUGCAUUGCUACGCCUGUAGUAUAAUGAUGGCUGCCAGAGAGCUUCGAGUAGAAGAAAAAUACGUUCUAAAGAAAAAAGUCUGGGGGUUGGCCGACGGAGAACAGAGGGGCUAUGGCGCCUACGGAAUCGUACGGACCGUGUCCGUCAACGGAACGACGUGCAUCGCUAAACGCAUCCACGACAUCCUGCAAGACCCCCGCGUUCCUCCGGCCGACCGCGAGUCCGUGAGGCUCAGGUUUAUGAAGGAGUGCAAGAUGCUGAGCGAGCUCCGCCACCCGAACAUCGUCCACUUUGUCGGCGUCCAUUACGACAAACGAAACUACAUCUCACUCGUCAUGGAGGCGUUGGACUCGGACUUGCGCGGGUUUUUCCAACGCAGCGAGCCUGAUCUUUCCAUAAAGCUAGGCAUCCUACGAGAUGUCUCGUACGGUCUCCUCCACCUCCACUCCCGUCAGCCGUCCAUCAUCCACCGGGACCUCAACCCCGGGAACAUACUCCUCACGAGAACCCUACAAGCCAAGAUUGCAGAUCUCGGGGUCUCCAGCUACCUCACUCCUUCGAAGAUGCAGACAAUGGCGCCUGGGGCCUGGGACUACAUGCCACCAGAGGCUCUCCUUGAGAAUCCUCAAUACGAUACCUCGCUGGACAUCUUCUCAUUCGGGCAUGUGACUCUAUGUGUUGGUACCCAUUCUGUGGUCAAUAUCCCCAUUCCCUGCGCCAACCCCGGAGGUAUCCGAGCUUGGGGUCAGUUGUCAAUAAAACGAAGACGAGAGUAUCUUAACUCUAUCGGUCAAAAGCACUGUUUACAUUCGCUGGCAGUUGAGUGUCUGCACGACUCCCCCGCACAAACGACCAAGUGCACGAGACCUGUGUGACAAACUGCAGUGGAUGUGCACUGCUAAUCGGGCAUGCGAUGACACCACAAGUGAAAAGAGACGAGAGAGUGCUGCAAUAUCCUCCCAGAAUGAAACAACGGAGGACACCCACACAGGGAGUAAUAGUAACCCCACACAUUUUCCUUCUAGCAAAGACUCACAAGACUUCUCCACUUUCAUGUCAUCCAAUGGAGAUGAGCAGAGACUCUUCACUAGCAGUGGGGAAGGCAGGGGAAUCAGAUGGCACCGAGCAUGAAACAGUUAGCUUGCUGAAGAAGAGGAUUGCUGAGCUGACGGCAGAGAAAGAGGAAUUGAAGGAAAUAGCAGAAGCUCAAAAAGCACAGGCUCAGGUGUACAAGACUGACUUUGACAUAGAGCGCAGUGACCGUGUGAAGGCUCACAACACGAUCGAGGACUACAAGUUCCAGUUGGAAAAGCUGCAGCGGAAGUUUGCCGAGCUGGAGGAGAAACGCAUGCACACACAAGCAGAGCUGCAUGUGUUCAAGGCGGCCAAUGUCCGCCUACUCAAAAGCCAGCUUGGUCCACUGCCUGCAAUUAACCACCCACACCCAGGGAACCCCCCAGCUAUACCUCCCAAGAGUCAGAACGCAUACAGAGAAGGACUACCAGGAUACCAGCCACGACUCCCAGUCCAACACGUGCCAGGCAGAGCAGACUAUCCCACUGAUAAACCCCAUCAUCACUACGAGAAGAUCCCUCUGUGACUCCAUACCUAAACAACUCUAUUGUUAUAAAACUGCUGUGUGUUGAAAUGAUUGUGCUUAGCACACUGAAAAAGAAGAAAACUAACCACCAUUACCCUCCCACGGGCCUCCUGCCAAACGAACACGGUCG